GGGACUCCUGCUCCUUUAAUUCCCUCCCCUCUUCCUCCUCCCACAGUUCUUGCCGCGGCCGCCGCGCGCGGAGCCUAGAACACACCACACGAGCCGCCCCCGCCCCGCAGCCCUGACGCCCACGCGGAGACAGACCCGCGCGCGCGCGCGCCCCGGUCACCCCCGCGCCUGCGCGCUGCCCAGGCCCUGCCCGAGUGUGGGGGCGCCCGCGGCCCCGGGGGGGUGGGGGAAGUAGGGGGCAAAAAAACAGAACGCGGACCAGGGCCAGGGUUGCCCACCCCCUGCCACAAUGGCGUCUGGGGUGGAAGUCCUGCGCUUCCAGCUGCCUGGCCACGAGGCCGCUACACUGAGGAACAUGAACCAGCUCCGAGCAGAGGAGCGGUUCUGCGACGUGACCAUUGUGGCCGACAGCCUCAAGUUCCGCGGCCACAAGGUCAUCCUGGCUGCCUGCUCCCCUUUCCUGCGGGACCAGUUCCUGCUGAACCCCAGCUCUGAGCUGCAGGUCUCACUGAUGCACAGUGCACGCAUAGUGGCCGACCUGCUCCUCUCCUGUUACACGGGUGCCCUGGAAUUCGCCGUCAGAGACAUCGUCAACUACCUGACCGCGGCCUCCUACCUGCAAAUGGAGCACGUGGUGGAGAAAUGCCGGAAUGCCCUCAGCCAGUUCAUCGAACCAAAAAUAGGCCUCAAAGAGGAUGGGGUCAGCGAUACCAGCCUUGUGAGCAGUGUCAGUGCCACCAAAUCCCUACUCCCUCCUGCCAGGACCCCAAAGCCAGCCCCCAAACCCCCACCCCCACCCCCUCUACCCCCUCCGCUCCUGCGGCCUGUGAAGCUGGAGUUCCCGUUGGAUGAGGAUCUGGAGCUAAAGGCCGAAGAGGAGGAUGAAGACGAGGAUGAGGAUGUGUCUGAUAUCUGCAUUGUCAAGGUGGAGUCUGCGCUGGAGGUGGCACACCGGCUCAAACCUCCCGGAGGUCUGGGAGGAGGCCUGGGCAUCGGCAGCUCGGUGGGCAGCCACCUGGGGGAGCUGGCCCAGAGCAGCCUGCCCCCCAGCACCGUGGCCCCACCACAGGGUGUGGUGAAAGCUUGCUACAGCCUGUCCGAGGAUGCGGAAGGGGAGGGCCUGCUGUUGAUCCCUGGAGGCCGGGCCAGCGUGGGGGCCACCUCAGGCCUGGUGGAGGCAGCAGCAGUGGCCAUGGCUGCCCGGGGGGCGGGGGGCAGCCUGGGAGCGGGGGGCAGCCGGGGUCCCCUGCCUGGGGGCUUCUCCAGUGGUAACUCUCUAAAGAACAUCAAGUGCACCAAGUGCCCAGAGGUAUUCCAGGGCGUGGAGAAGCUGGUCUUCCACAUGCGGGCGCAGCACUUCAUCUUCAUGUGUCCGCGCUGCGGCAAGCAGUUCAACCACAGCAGCAACCUCAACCGCCACAUGAACGUGCACCGAGGUGUCAAGUCUCACUCUUGUGGCAUCUGUGGCAAGUGCUUCACACAGAAGUCCACGCUGCACGACCACCUCAACCUGCACUCAGGAGCGAGGCCCUAUCGCUGCUCCUACUGCGAUGUGCGCUUUGCUCACAAGCCUGCCAUUAGGCGACACCUCAAAGAGCAGCAUGGCAAGACCACUGCCGAGAACGUGCUGGAGGCCAGCGUGGCCGAGAUCAACGUCCUCAUCCGCUAGCACUGGCCCGGCAGGCCUGGGUCCUUGAGCUGGGUGAGAAAGGGGUUCCUUGGCCCAGGAGAAUAGGGGGUUGGGGAUCAGAGAGGGCAGAUAUGGUGGGGAACUUAAGCAGACACACACAUCCUGAGGGGCCCAAGAUUUCUCGGAGAGAAGAUCCUGCCUCUUCAGAAGAAAAGGAUGGAGAGGGAGAGGGUUCUUUGGGAAGGCCAAGGGAAUAUAGGGUCCCAGAGAGAUAGUAUUAAAGAUACAUGUAUAUGUGGAGAGAGGGAAAGGGUCCUACAAAAUGAGGCAAAACAACUGGAAAAUGUUUUAUUCCUAGCUAAGCCUGCCCAGGGAGAGGUCUGACAUUUCUUGAGGUAGUGUUGGGUGGGUGGGAAUUGGGAGGGAAUUUGGCAGGAAUUUUUUACAUGCUCCAGCUUAGAAUAGAUGCUUGGGAGAGGGACUGGUAGUGGGAAGGAUUAUUGAAUCCCAGAAAGGAAGGGAGGGCAGGUCUUGCAUGUGUGGGGAAUGGGGCUGUGGGUA